AUGGCCGACUAUCAGAUCGGAAGUGAGCACCCCCAAUCGCUCACCAGCGACUUCGUCAUUGUCGGUGCUGGGUUUAGCGGCUGUUACGCUCUUCACAAAAUCAGGGAGCUCGGGUACUCUGCCAAGAUCCUGGAGGCUGGUAGCGACUUUGGAGGCGUCUGGCACGUUAACAAAUACCCUGGAGCACGAGUUGACUCAGACACUCCGUCAUAUCAGUUUAGCCUGCCCAAAGUCUGGGAAACGUUCAACUUCGAGGAGAGAUUCCCUGGGCAUGAAGAGAUUCGGCGGUACUUCGCACAUGUCGAUAUAACUCUCGGACUACGGAAGGAUACUAUUUUCAAUUCUCGUGUAGACGAGGUAAAGUACGACUCGAAAAGUAAGAGGUGGCUUUUUCGCACAGAAAAAGGCCAGCGUAUUGAAUCGAGGUUCGCUAUUUUCGCCUGCGGAUCUUUCAAUAAGCCUUACAUUCCUGCUUUUCCCAACCUAAAUGCCUUUCGCGGCCUACUUAUCCACCCAUCGGCUUGGCCCGAAGGUGUCAAACUGGACGGCAAGAAAAUUGGUAUCAUCGGCCAGGGGGCAUCAGGGCUGCAACUCGUUCAAGAACUCGCGAAGCAGGAUAUUCUGUUAACUGUUUUCAUACGAGAACCAUGCCACACCCUUCCGAUGCAACAGAGGCGACUAUUAUAUCGAGAAUCCGAGGAGCUGAAAAACUACUAUGAUGGCAUAUUUUCCAAGGCUAAGUUCGGCUCUUCGUCAGCUAUAGGGUAUAAUCAGAACUCCGAUUUCUAUCAUCAGGCAAGCGACAGCGACAGGGUUGCGCUUUACGAACGCCUGUGGGAUAGAGGGGGCUUUGGGUUGACGUUAUCAAACUAUCGAGAUAUUAUGUACGACAAGACGGCAAAUUCAAGCCUAUACGAGUUUUGGAUGCGUAAGACUAGGGCUCGAAUGUCUAAUCCUGAGAAGAUGGAUAUCGUUGCACCAUUGAAACAGUCCCAGUGGUUUGGCGCCAAACGAGUCAAUCUCGAGAUGGACUACUACGAAAUGCUAGACCGCCCGAACGUUAAGCUUGUUAAUCUCAAAAAAACACCGCUUAAAUCAUUCUCUCGAAAUGGCGUUGUGACUGAGGGCCACGACAGUACUUUGGACCAUCACGAACUGGACGUCGUGAUUUUGGCUACGGGCUAUGACUCCGUGACGGGAAGCUUAUUGGGUAUGAAUAUCCACGAUAGGCACGGAGUGCGCCUGGAAGAGAAGUGGAAAGACGGAAUAAGCACCUACCUCGGCAUGCUAGUACCUGAAAUGCCGAAUGCGUUUCUCCUGUACGGGCCUCAAGGGCCUACAACUCAGACAAACGCCCCAUCUUUUAUCGAGUUGCAAGUGGACUGGAUAGCCAAUCUUCUUAAGAGGAUGCGAGACGAGAGUAUCGACUUUGUGGAGCCCUCCCAGGAAUCUUGUCGGUUAUGGACAAAGCAGGUAAACAAUGCCUUUGAGCCAACGUUGUUUCGAGAAAGCACGGCAUGGUGGACUGGUGCGAAUAUAGAGGGGAAGAAGGUUGAGCCACUUGUGUUUUUCGGCGGUGUUCAACGGUGGUGGCAAGAGUGUCAAAGUUCUCUGAAAGACUGGUCUAAGUUUUGUGUCUCUGGGAUGUAA